ACUGCUGGGGGUGCAGCAGCACCCCCUGGCUUGAAGCGGUUUCCAUCAUAUACAGGAUUUACAGUUUGGUUCAAUGGCUCUCAGCACCCCCACAAUAUAAAUUGUUCCAAUGUCACUGCCUGGAUGACUAGUUUGCCUCAGAUUACUGUAACAUUACAAAGAGAAGUCCUAGGUCCAGGAGGAGCUGUAAUGAAAGCACAUGGCCGUUGUAUAAACUCCAAAGUGAUCCUUUGGAUUUGUACUGGGUUUAUUUUACAGGCAUGAGGUGUUGGAGGAAUUCUGAGCCUCUUCAUAUCCUGGGGAGAUGAGAACAGGAAAUCCCAGGUAAGCAGAGACCCAGAAAAUCUACUACAGUGUUUCUGCAAUAGACUGUUUCAUCUCAAUUUGGUCUCAGCUACCCAUCUGACUGUGUAUUGCAAGGCACAAAAAUACCCAAAAGAGAACAGAUGGACCAGAGGACUGCAAGCAAGUUACUCCACAGAUGAGAGCCAAAAGACAGUGAUUGACAAGGGAAAAAGUCAGAUCCAUCUUACUGUGAUCGGCUGAGGCAGGACAUGUACUUUCUCACGAGAAAUGGCAGACUGAGCGAGCACCUGGUUGAUAAAAUUAUUCUUCAGCUAAACAGAGUUUAUCCCCAAAUUCUCACCAAUAAAGAAGCAGAAAAGUUCAGAAAUCCAAAGGCAUUGCUUCAUAUUCGGUUGUCAGAUCUUAUAAGCCACCUACAAAAGAAAGGAGACAAACACUGUCAAGAAUUUUACAGGGCUUUACAGAUCAAUGCCGAACAACUGUAUAAUGACUUGCCAAGCAGGAAAAUCCUGAAAACCUCAGCUUCCACAGGGAUAGACACAGACAAGGAGAACUAUAUUCUAACUGACAGGGGUCCCAUGUUCUUCCUUGCUUGCUUUAGUGUUGCUGCAGGAUUAGCAUUGUUCAUGUACUGCUGGAACCCAGAUCCAAAAGUUAUAGGAGGAGCCAAGAAAAUAUUGGGAUUUUCUCCUAUUAUCAUAGGAAGACAUGUUAGAAAUAUUUGCAUGGUAUACAUGGAAGAUACAUCAAGGAAAAAUUAAGGAAAAGCUGCUUCUUCAGUCUUCUGUUCUGUAUACCUGCCAAUGGAAAAACAAAUAUAUAUACAGACACUUUAUAUUAUACCAAAGAUUUAGUUAACGGCUUUAGCAGUAAAUAUGCUGCUUCAAGGUGCUUUCAAAUGGUCAACUCUAUAUGAACUUAUGGAAAUGGAUCAUUUAUUUUUGUAAAUGCUUCUUUUAAAAUAUUUAUCAUUUGGGUAUGAAUGUUUUUAAUACACACCUUAAAAGGAUAUCCUAAGCAAUUAUAGCUCUUAAGCCAUGUUUGUGUAUUUGUGUUUUAUAUUGGUGUAGAGGAACACAGCAGUUUAAAGGAUGUAAUUCUAUCUCUUUUUACUGGUUCAUUUAAUAAUGACACUUAAAAAAACCAAAGCCUUACUAAGAAAUGGACCUGAUCUUUUGUGUCAGGAUUGUCCAUUCCCAUCUGUAUUCUUUAUACUACAUGAGUACAUGGGCACUGUCCCUACAAGGCUCAUCACUAGCUGGUUCAGUUUGUGUGUAUUCAAAACCUUGCAAGGUUUCCUGACUGCCAUGCUCUGGAAACUGUCUGUUAUCAUUGUUAUAUUGAGCAAGGGUAGGCUUCAAACAAUGACCCUUUGACUCUGUGGGAUGGCAGAACUAUCAAGCUUUUGAAGUACCAAGUAGGUUUUUCAGAUUUACAUAAUUCUUUCCUUUCCAGGGAAGUUUGUUUAGUUUUGGUAUAGCCAGGGAAACUUAAAUAGUCCAGCAUAUUUGACAGGGACUUCAGAAAUAAUAAUCAAAGCUGCAUGACGUGUUUUUGUUUAUGGCUGAAAAUAUGUAUUUUAACAUGAAGUACUGUAAGAUUUUCUAAGGUGGCUUGAUCACAUAUUGUUUCUUCUGUGGGUAAAAUCUUGAAAAACUUGCGCAAGUCUUUCUUAACACAUCAAGAGUUGGUGUCAGGCUAAAGCAUGUGUGGGAAGUACAGGGAGACAGGACUGAAAAUAAGAUUUGAGGGGGAGGUUGUUUGUUUGUUUUUGCAUUUUGGGCCCAAUCCUGCACUCAUUGAUGUCAGUAGGAGUCUUCUUUCCUCCUGCUCCUUCUUCCCGCCUGGGGUCUUUCUGUUCCUGAACCUGGCUACAAGUAGUGACGGCUACAGUGGGUGGGUUCUCUUAUGACCUACUCCAGAGUACAAAAGAAACUGGGGAGAUCCUUCCCCAAACUGCUUGGUAGGGCGAUCUCUUCACUGGCUCCACCUUCACGGGAAUGUUUUGCCCAUCAAUUUUAACUUAAUAGCCAUUCCUUGAUAUUCCUUUGUAUCCCCAAUGGACACAGUUAAUCAUAGUAACAGGUAUUGGCUUUGUGUGUUUCUGAUUCUAGAGUCUUUCAAGGUUCACUCUCAAGUACCCCAGUCUUAGGGCUUUCUAAGGAAAGUUAUACCAAUAUAAGCUAAGGUGUGGAUUUAAAUCACUAUAGUUAUGCCUGUAUAACUCCCUGGGUGGAAUAAGAGUGGGAUUUUUGGGUUUAUGGGAUCUUAUGUCCCGUUAGAAAGGGAUGAAGCUAAUCUAAUAUUUUUUUAAAAAGCCUCUCAUUCUGAAAUAAGUCUCCCCAGGGGGAAUUGUACUGGUAUAACUAUGGCGGUUUAACUAUACUGGUAUAAUUAUACCAAUAUAAUUGGUAAAAGGUCCUGUGUAGACAAACCCCUAACUGUGAAAUUUCCCACCCCCAGAGAACAGAUUUCUAGGACUACCCCUGAACUAUGGUUGCAUCUUAGGGCAAAACCUAUAUGCACGUCCUGUUUCACCACAUUUAGAGCAGUCUCUGCCCAGUCCCAUCUUUCUGAAAAAUGGGACAAGUCUCAGAACCCCCUGCCCUUAUGGCCACCCAUAUGGUGGGGCCCAUUCUUUCCAAUGUGGUAAUAUAAGGUUCUGUAUUGUCUCCUGGCAUCAGGUGUGUCAUCUCAGGGCCUUUCCACACUGGAAUCUGCUAGGACUCCAUCUCUUUAAGAGUCUUGAACAUUGCAGCCCUUUCUUCAUGUGGCUGGGCCCUCCCUGUUCUGUUGAUCUUCCUGAAAUCUCUGGAACUUGUCAGCCUGUGGAGUGUCAUCUGUCCGAUGCCUCCCUUCUGUCCCAGCCCACUGAGCAGCAAGCCACUUUAGUAUUGCCCUUGGUCAGGUGGGUCACCGAACAAUCUUGUCUCUGGUUUAGCAGCUGCCCCUAGAGGAUUCAGGGUUUAUACUUCAUCCCAAUCCUUAACUUCUGCUCUGUACCUAAGGGUGGAUAGACAAGAUCCGUGGUCAAGCUCCUCCAGCACCCCCAGCAAGCAUCUCUUCUGACAUCUUGAUGGGUAGAUGUCCCCACCACCACCCAAAGAGUAGUAAGAAGUUGUACAAAGGUCCUGGGCUGUUUAGUUUUUGACAGUAAUCUCCAAUGCUUUGAUUAUACCUUCCCCUUAUCUAAUGCAAAGUGGACUUUUUCCCAUUUAGAAACUAAGUGACAUCCCAUGCAUGACCCCCUAUGGCAAAGGGCCUGGAUGAAUGGGUUGGCUUAUAUAACACUAGUGUUCCAGUCAAUCAGCUUGGGAGGGGAAAAAGGCUGGAGCAGCAAUAACCAACUAACUAACCAGUCAAAACACAUCCCAGGGGUUGUCGACAUUAACAGUUUGAUUAUGCAGGUCUUAGUUAGCACCUACUGCUAGUUCUUCACCACCCCACCACCCCCGCCCCACCUCCUUACUGACUGUGUGAUCUCCUCUUCCUACUAUUUGAACAGUUUCCUGUGGCCUUACUGGGCUCACUUGGUGCAGUCCUUAGUGUCCUCUUGUAAACAAUACCUGGUUCCCUGGUGUGUGGGUAUUUGGGCUGUAAUCUCCCAAACCUAUAAACUAAACCCUGAAGGAAGAGGGGGAAAAAGUCACCCAGUAGAAACCUGGCAGCCUCUUCAGGUAUUUGACUAUCCUGUCACAUACACCAGUCAAUAUUCAUGGGCCCUGCGUGCCCACCAAUGGCUAUGGCCCUGAUCCAGCAAGGGCUGUAAGCAUGGGCCUAGCCUUAAUCAUGGGAGUAGUUCCAUUGAUGCCAAUGAGAUUACUCCUGUGUUUAAGUGCCUUCCUGAGUUGGGGCUUUUACCAGAAAAUCUGUAAUUUUUUCCCAGUAUCUGAGUUUCAGAGCCCCCUAAGAAGGUAGUAACAACAGGAUAGUUUAUACCUAAGAAUUCAUCGGACUCUUCAGUCUGAUCAUCUUACUCCAAAGAGAACAGCCUGCAUUAUCCUCUUAGAAACAACUGAUCUUGUAAUACAUUGUUUGCUUCCGAGACAAAUUUCACGAGAGGCAAUAGCGGGCCUGGGGAGGAGAGGGGGACACAGAACCAGAUUUCUGAAUAACAGACCCCCUUUGGCACCCUCAAAAUAUUUGUGACCAAUUGAGGAAGGGCUGAAAUAGGGCCCAAAGGGACCCCAUUUCUCCCCCUACUGAUGUCAGUCGGAGUUUUUCCAUUGCAGUGGAUGGGAGCAGAAGCCAGCCCUAACUAGACAGCAUUGUUUGUCUAUUACAUUUCAAAAACUCUGUGUUUUCAGUGGUGUAACUACCUUAACUUCACCAGAGGAGCUCCUCAUUUACAUACACAUACAGCAAGGUCCGGAGUGGAUCACAGGUCUAUUUAAAUAUAUAACAUAAGAUGGACAUGAAUAAAGAUUCUGUGUAAAUGAAAUAACAUCAUUUGCCCUUACCCGGCAGAGCAGUAUGUUUAGAUGUUUUUUCUUCCAUCUGCCCCAUCGUCUCUCAUGUCUAUUUUGAUCUAAUAGCCACAAGGUCAGGAAAUCUUAUUAUAGGAAAAACUGUGUGAGUGUUUGCAGCAUUUCCUGUAGAAUUGCCAUGAUAAUGUCGUCAGUGAGCACAACCCACAGUUCUGCUGCCAGAGCUGCACACUGAUCCAGCAUUGUGCCUACCUCCAAGUUGGAAAGUGCUUUAAUUAUAUUCUGUUCUUCCUGUGUCUUGCCCUGUAGUUAACGUCAGAGCGAUUUUUUUCCCAGCACACCAUCUCUAAUUUAUAACCAAAUGUGACUCUCCAUGUGCUGCUUAAAUCCAGCAGUGGCUCCUCUCUAAGGAAACUGAAAUAAAAUGCUUCUGAAAUGCAAAAGGGUUUUAAAUCUUCAUGCCAAAACUGGAUUGGAAACCUCAUUAGAGUGAGAUGAUUUCUGUUUAUAGCAAAAGCACUAUACAAAAUAGGGUCCUCUCCGACAGCCACAUCUCAUUUUAAUGCAAAUACAACAGCCUCGUUACUAGUAAGCAGCUUCUCUGUGUCUAGAUUAUCCAACCUAGUGUUCCCUGGACAAAAAAAUUUAAAUUGGGAUUUGGUAUGAGUUAUUGUUGAAAUCCUACAGAAAGAAUUAGCAUCUCAUAUGCUUUGAAGGCCAGAUUCUGCCACACUGGUAGAGUACUCUACCAGCAAUCCCGCUGAAAUACCCAUGGAGUACUCAAUGUAAGCAUGGCAGAAUCUGCUCCUGAUAGGGGAUAGGGCCUAGAACCUCAAAGCUAUUUAGGUGCCUAACUUCCAUUGAAAUCAGUGGGAUGUAGGUGCCUAAAUAGCGUUGAGGAUUGGGGCUUGCGUUCUUUAAAGAAAAUGGCUUUGAUCAUCCUUUGCAAUCAUGAGGGAUUGGCAUAUUUACUAAUGGCUAAGGUUGUAUUCUUCCCUUUUUGAGAUCUACUGAGAUGAGGUUACUAUCACAAAUAAAAUCUCCUGGGAAGGACAACCAUCAGAUUCCCAGCUACUAGGUCUGGAGACGUGCACCCUGGAGCAGGAUUUGGCUGUAAAUCUUAACACACAAGGUAAAAUUUUUCUUAUGCUUCUGUUUUCAGGACAAACUUAUUUUUGGUCCGAUAUGGUCAGUUGAAGAACCCCAAGAGUAAAUUACUUGUUCUGUGUCUGCUGUUUCUUGCAUUACUUGUAAAUGGAAACUGAUGGUUACUUUGUAUGGAUAAAUGUAAUUUUUACACAGUGCAUUGCACAAUUACUGUAUGCAGUGUCGUAGCGAGACAAGGUGGCUGAGGUAAUAUCUUUUACUGAACCAACUUCUGUUGGAAGUUUGUCUCGCUCCCCAACAGGUGUAGGUCCAAUGAAAGUUAUUACCUCACCCACCUUGUCUCUCUUGCACAAUUACUGUAGUAGGUUUUCUCCCACCACCGCCACCCCACCUUUCUGCUUCCCAUAAAGAGGGUUUGAGGAAACAGAAGGUUCCACGUAAUUUUGUAACUUUAUAGGGAUGGAGUCCUUUUCUUAAACAGUUCUUCAUUCAAGAAUGGAUACCAAGCGAUAGCUCACUUCUUUGUGCAAUGUGCUUGUAUAGCAAACACACAGCAUAUAUUGGUUUUUCCAUGCCCGGAGCCAUAGGAAGUGGAUAGGCUAGCCCUUUGGAAGUCAUGAAUUCUGUGGUGUCCUUCCACAGAAGGGAAAUUUAGGUUGGAUAUUAGGAAAAACUUUGCAACUAGAACUUUCUAACAGUAAGGAUAGUUAAGUACUGAAACAGAUUAAUAGUGGAGGUGUGGAAUCCCCGUAAUUGGAGGUUCUUAAGAACUGGUUAGACAAACACCAGUAAGGGCUGAUCUAUGUAUUCUUAAUCCUGCCUCAGUGUGGAGUGAUGCACUAGAUCUGUGGUUCUCAAAUUUAUUUGAUUGCUCCUCCAUUCUUUGUGUCUGUAGUGUAUGCCUCCCCUACAGGGUGCUUGGCCAGCAGUCACCACUCUCCUGCAGCCCAGCUCCAAAGGCAGAGCAGAGAGCAGCGGCUGCUGGCCGGACUCCCAGCUCUGCCAGCAGCAGAGAAGUAAGUGUGGCAUGGGAUGGCACUGCCACCCUUACUUCCGUGCUGCUCCUGCUGAUGGCGCUGCUCUCAGCAGCCACCACUCUCCAGCCACCCAGCUCUAAAUGGGCACAGUAAGUUUUUUUUUCCCCUAAAGCAUCUCAUGCUCCCCAGAAUCCAUUCUGCCCCCGCCCACAGGAGUGCAUCCCCCAGUUUGAGAACCUCUCGACCAGAUGACCUCUUGAGCCCUACAUUUCUAUAAUUCUAUUAUUAUUGUUUUACUUGACAUCAAUAAAGUUAUGUUUUGGAUCACUCCAUCUAUUUGGAGAGUGCCAAAUCCCCCUUCAAACCCAGAAUAAACUGCCUGCCAUUAAUGACUCAAACUGACAUAUUUAGGCCCUAUUCCUGCAAGGAUUUGCACACAUGCUUAACAUUCUGCAUAAGGGGGAUAGUCCCACCUGUGUAAAUUUAAGCAGUGGUUAAGUGCUCGCUGGAUCAAAGCUUACUUUCUAAAUUAUAGUGGGUUAUUACAUUGUGAAAAUUGUUCCUGUGUGUCUGCUAAAGAUUGAUUAUAGCUCAGCCGUGUUUUCAGCAUCCUCCAAACUAGUCAAAGUAAACUGACUAUGCAUAGGACUGUUUAGAGAAGGAAGAAAUCUGCUGUCCCUUCAUGCCUGAAGCCUUAGCCUCAUGUUACAGUAGCAUUGUGGAAUGGGGGGACAUUGCCCAGCAUAUUAAAUCACUGAUUUAGUGGUGGCACAAUACACCCCUCCAAAAACAAACAAACCCUCUGCAUUGUCGUGGUCUUAGCAGCCUUGCAGAGCACAGCUUUGCAAAACGACACCUUUUCUGUUGCUUUUAGAUUUGUGUGGGUGCAGCCGAGGGGAAAUAAGGCAGGUUUGCCCCCCAAAGUGCAUGCAGUCCCAUCCAAAUGAUUGCUGACACUCUGGGGAACUUCUUUUUUCCUCUGAUUUCUGUCAUGAAUGGGCUAUAUGAUUUAGAUCAAAACUGAACUGCCUCCAAUUGCCUCAGUCGUGAUGUCAAACAUACCCAGAUUCAAGGAAAAGAGGUAGGCAAUAGCCUGAUCUUUAAUCCUCUAAAUAAAGCAAGCGAGCAGACUGCAUGUAAAUAGUUAAACCAGGCUGACUGGGCCAUCUGUAGCCACAGGGAAUGGAAAACAAAACGACACAUCCCACAGUAGGUUUGCACAACUCCCUUUGAAGGGAAUCACUGCACUAUUUAAAGCAUGACAUGUCUGCAAGCGAGAACGAUAUUAAAGUGAUCAUUCACUCAGGAACGUACUGGGUUACCUUACACCUUUAGCUGGGCUUCUCAAAGCCACGUAGGAGAUUUGGCUACUCAAUUCCCAUUGAAAAGUUCAGCUUUUGUGUCAUUUUUGUAAUACUGUAUGUAAAUAUCACUUGUGGCUUUGUUUUGGAGUUUUGUGUACAGUAAUAGCAAAGUAAUCAUAAAAUAUUAAUAAGGAAUCUUGCAAUCUUAAUUUUUUUAAUUGGGGAAUUGUAUAGACAGCCAUUAGUCCAGGAAAUUCAUGGAAUUCUUGAAAAGUCUGGCCAGUGUUACUGUUCCACUAAGAAAUGCAAGCUACCUAGUAUACUGCAUGGGUUCGAUAUUUUAUGGUCAAAUAUCCUUGUUCAUAUCUUCUGGUGGUAACGUUUAUAAUGUAUAUGUCAUGUGAGCUAAAGGAAAGUUGUUAUAAAGUAAAAACAUUAAACAAAGUUGUUUAUUCAAAUUAAAUUUUAAGAAUUUAAA